ACCAAUAAGCACCAUUGAAUCACGGUGUCAUCUUUAUGGCGCACUUAUGCUACCCGUUUAGUUAAGAAUGCUUUUAUUAUUAUUUUCAUAAUGUAAAUAGUUGAAGAAUAAAGAUCGCGGUCGUUUUCAGUCAAUCAUUGGUACACAAGUCAGCUAGCUGUCUCCUAACAUUUGUAAAGCGCAGUCCUUAUUACUCAGUUGUAAAUCAAAACAAUGACUUCAGCCUCUACCAAGGUUGGUGAGAUCUUUUCUGCAGCUGGAGCUGCAUUCACAAAAUUGGGAGAGCUAACCAUGCAGCUGCAUCCAGUGGCAGAUAUUAGUCCAGCAGGGACACAAAUGAAAACAACAGUCAAGAGGAAGAUUUACGAAGAUGGUGGAGCUCCUUUAUCCACUGAUUCACCAAAGAAGAGUACCAAAAAGGUGCCGGUUUCUAUGGCUCCCCCAGCCCCACCUAAAGUCAUCGCUGUGCCAACAUCUCAGGUUGUGGUGACUACGGGUUUACAGCGGCCAACCACAGGUCCAUCUAGCAUUAAGUCAUCAAAGACAGCAGAUGUCACUCUCAGUGCACUGAAUGACUCUGAUGCCAACAGCGAUCUGGUAGAUAUUGAAGGGUUGGGUGAUAGUUCCACAUCUAAAAAGCUUAAUUUUGAUCAAGCAGAUAGUCUAAAUCUCGACUCCAGUCUCAUCAUGAAUUCCAGUGACUUGCCAUUGUUAUCCCGGUGAAAUCUUCUGCAACACACGAUCAGGAAAAGGAACUAACCAUGUCACUUCGAGAAACUUGCAUAUUUUUUUUUAAUCUGGAGAAAGUUCUCAUUUUUUCCCAGGAAAAGACUCAUUUCUAAGUCAGUAGUGAAGCUAGGCAUAUUUUAUCAAUGUAGGACAGAGUUUUGAAAGAUGCUAGCAAAUAUUGCUUAAUACAUGUUUCUGUUCUGGGAAAAUGUGUAAUUUCUAAAAUAAGUUACUGUAAAGUCAUUAUUGUGUAGAUUUGUUUUUUUUUUAAACAUUGUCAAUAAAGCAUUAUGACCAUUACUUGUUUUUUGGGGUGAAGUUGGCCAUAAACCUUGAGUUUUUUUUCUUCUUAGACAUUUUGUAAUUCUUUGGUCUAUUUACUUUAUUUACUUAUUCUUUUUUUUUUAAUAUUCAAUUUUUACACAAAUUAAAAACAAUACUAUUUUUAGACUUCGGUUUAACUCAAGAUGAUCUUCAGUCAGAUUUUUCUGGAAAGCUUUUAGAGCAAUGUGGCAUCUUCCACUACAUGAAUGCAGCUUAAGUAAGUUGUUUAGUGUUUGUUUUAGUUGUUUUGAUCAAUAAUGCGUUUUUAUAAAAUUCUAGUCUUGUGGGGAUAUCGAUCUGAUCUGAAACAGUCUGUGUGCAUAGUCCAAUAACUUUU